CUCCCGCGGGGGCCUCCGCCGCUCUCCCCCCGCUGCUCCGGCCCUUGCCGUUGUGGUGCCUGCUGUCCGGGCGCUAUGCAGUCGGCCCCUGCCUGCCUGCAUGCACUGCUUGCUGCCGCCGCGCUCCUCUCCGCCAGCAGCUCAGACUUGACUCCCCGCUUUACUUCCGAGCCCAUCUCUGCCGUCCAGAAGCCCGGUGGCCCCGUGGUGCUGCGCUGCUCCGCAGAGCCCCCGGCAGCGCACAUCUCCUGGCUGCUGGAUGGAGAGCCGCUGGGCAGCGGGCUGCCAGGGGUGGAAAUCCAGCACGGCUCUCUGAGCAUCGCCUCCCUGAGCCUGGAGACGUCCGGCCGCUAUCAGUGCGUGGCCAACAGCAGCGCGGGCGCAGUUCUGAGCAGGGCUGCGGUGGUGUCAAUGGGCAGUUUGGCUCACUUUGGCCCAUCGCUGACCCCCAUCGUUGUGGCAGAGGAAGGAGGAACGGCGCUCAUCGGCUGCGCGGCGCCGCAGAGCAACCCCAGAGCUCAGAUUCGAUUCCGGGUGCGGGGGAAGUGGCUGCAGCAGCCUGCAGAUAAGUACCUCAUUCUCCCGUCGGGAAACCUGCAGAUCUUCAAUGUGUCCAUGGAGGACAGGGGGUCCUACAGGUGUGCUGCCUACAACCCCGUCACUCACGACCUCAGAGUAGAACCCACCGGGAGGAAACUCGUUGUCACACGCUCCUCCACCGCACAGCCCCGCAUUCUGCACCCCCAGCAGCCGCAGGCGCUGUCCGUGCCGCAGCGCAGCCCGCUGACCCUGGAGUGCGUGGCUGCAGGGCUGCCUGCGGCCGCCGUGCGCUGGGAGAGGGACGGCCGGGAUGCGUGCGGGGGGGGGCGCUGGGCACUGCAGCACUCCCACCUGGUGACGGAGGGGCUGCAGCCGGAGGACUCCGGGAACUACUCGUGCGUGGUGGGGGAGGAGGCCUACAUCAAUUACUCGCUCACAGUGCUCGAACCUGCCUCAAUUUCCAAAGGACUGCAAGAUGAGACCGUGGCCGUGGGCACAACGGUGUUACUGCAGUGCACAGCCCACGGGAUCCCUCCUCCAGCGCUCAGCUGGCUGCACAACGCUGCACCCCUCCAUCCGUCCCCGCGGCACUUCCUGCUGGGGAGCAGCCUGCAGAUCCGUGGUGUCACCAUGCAGGACUCCGGGGUGUACCAAUGCAUUGCGGAUAACGGCGUUGGCUUCGCACAGUCGGCUGGGAGGCUCCGUGUGCAGCCAGAAGCUGACCCAAAAGCAGAAGAAAUGGCUCUCACAGAGACUGCCCAAAGCGAUGAGAGCCGCAGCGAUUCCGGUGUGGGAGCGGCAUUUCCCAGCUCACCUCCAGCAAAGCUGCAUUUGGACACGGCUGCAACAGACAAACCGUGGGGCAGCAUUUCCCCCCCCGAGGCGCCCAUCAUCCUCAGCCCCCCGCAGACGCUCAGCCCAGAUGUGUACACGUUGCUGUGGCGCUCGGGGCGGGACGGCGGUUUGCCCAUCAACGCGUACUUUGUGAAGUACCGCAAGCUGGAUGACGGUGUGGGCGCAGCUGGCGGCUGGCACACAGUGCGCGUCCCGGGCAGCGAGAACGAGCUGCGGCUCAGUGAGUUGGAGCCCUCCAGCCUCUACGAAGUGCUGAUGGUGGCCAGGAGCGCUGCCGGCGAAGGCCAGCCUGCCAUGCUGACCUUCCGUACCAGCAAAGAAAGAACGUCGUCCUCAAAGAACACACAGGCUCCGUCUCCACCGGUGGGCAUCCCGAAGCACCCCGUUGUCCAUGAAGGCACCAACAGUUUCGGAGUGGUGCUCCCCGAUGCGUCUCGGCACAGCGGAGUUCCAGAAGCUCCCGACCGCCCCACCAUCUCCACCGCGUCCGAAUCCUCCGUCUACGUCACGUGGAUACCCCGAGCAAACGGGGGCUCCCCCAUCACCGCCUUCAAAGUGGAGUACAGGCGGCUGGGCCGCAGCAGCGACUGGCUGGUGGCAGCCGACAGCAUUUCUCCUUCCAAGCUGUCCGUGGAGGUCCGCAGUUUGGAGCCAGGAGAGCUGUACAAGUUCCGUGUGAUCGCUGUGAACAACUACGGGGAGAGCCCCCGCAGCGCCGCGUCGCGCCCCUACCAGGUCGCAGGCUUCACCCAGCGCUUCUCCAGCCGCCCCAUCGCCGGGCCCCACAUUGCUUACACUGAAGCCAUCAGUGACACUCAGAUCAUGUUGAAGUGGACGUACAUUACGUCAAGCAACAACAACACCCCCAUCCAAGGCUUCUACAUCUAUUAUCGGCCCACCGACAGCGACAACGACAGCGACUACAAGAGGGAUGUUGUGGAAGGCACAAAGCAGUGGCACCUGAUAAAUCACCUGCAGCCAGAAACCUCAUACGACAUAAAAAUGCAGUGCUAUAACGAAGGUGGUGAAAGCGAGUACAGCAACGUGAUGAUCUGCGAGACGAAGGUGAAGCGCAUGCCAGGAGCAUCUGAAUACCCUGCGAAGGAGCUCAGCACCCCUCCCAGCCCCCCCGAGCGGGCAGGGGGCAGCGGGGGCCCCUCGUCCGGCCCGGUGCGCAGCAGCGACAUGCUGUACCUGAUCGUGGGCUGCGUCCUGGGCGUGAUGGUCCUCAUCCUGAUCGUUUUCAUCGCCAUGUGUCUGUGGAAGAACCGCCAGCAGAACGCCAUGCACAAGUAUGACCCUCCCGGCUAUUUGUACCAAGGGGCAGAGAUCAACGGGCAGAUGAUCAAAUACACCACCCUGCCCGGCACGAGCCGCGUCAACGGCAGCGUCCACGGCAGCUUCAUCAGCAGCAGCACUGGCAGCGGCUGCCCGCACCACCACAAAGCGGCCGGGGGGCUCGAUGGGGCCACCAACGGAGGGGUUGGGCUGCACAGCAGCUCCCUGCCCGGCGCACACCUGGACUGUGAGCGUGCCCACCGCAUGGUCAACGGCGGGGGGCUGCAUGCAGCGCUGCCACAGGCGGAACCCCCUGAGUGCAUCAGCUGCAGGAACUGCCGCAACAACAACAGGUGUUUCACCAAAACCAACGGCACUUUCAGCAGCAGCGCGCUGCCCGUCCUGCCCAUCGUCGCACCUUACCAGCAGGACAGCCUGGAGAUGAAACCCCUGAGCCACAUCAUGGUGGCCAUGUGUUUGGCCUCCGGCGUCCCCGAGCACGGUGGGCGGAUGGAGGAGGACAGCACGGAGAUGGCCGAGCAGCCCCCCAGCCCACAGCCCUGCUGCAGGGGCAGCGCCGGGCCGCUCUGCCUGGAGUACACGGAUGGUGACGGCUGUGCGCUCUCGGAAACACCAAACCACGUUCUGAGCUGGAGCCCGCUGGUUCUGCAGCCUGUGCCCAAGGACUGCAGGGACAAAGCAGGCUGGACUGCAACGCUGCGUGGUUCCGGGCAGCUCCCAGUGCAGGAGAGCUGAGGGGAGCGCUGGAGGGACUGAUGGAGGGGCCUUAAUUAUAACAGAGAGAGUCACUAUUUAUUUUUUGUAGUAGUGUCAUAUGAAUGUAUCUUGUUUUUAAAUGGUUGCCUUUUUAUAUUAUUUAUGCCUUGAGAUUCCUUCUUUUCCCACGCACCGUGAAACUAAGCCUGGUUCUGUGUAUAUAAACAAACAAAGAUUCGUAAUAAUAUAAAGAACAACAAUGGGAGACGUGCAGUGUGUGUUCCAUGGAGCGGUGCCGGCAGAGGGGCGCUGCUGAGGAGAGGCUUCAGUGCUGCUUUGGGUGCUUGGGGUGCGCGGUGCUGCAGCGCCCGCCCAGCAGGCAGCGUUGGGUUGGGCCGCUCCGCUGGGAGUGGACAGAAGGGGAUAAGCGCUGCUUGGCUGCAGUGCCGUGCAGGGGGAGGAGGCGCCGCAGCCUUCACUGCAGCGUUGGUUUUUUGGUGGCUUUUUUCUUUUCCUUCCAAAUUUAAUCAGAGUAAACGCGUGCAGCCCGGCUUCAGUGGGGAGGGGCUGAGGGGGGAGCGGAGCGCUGCAGGUGCAGCUCUGAGAGCCAUGCCCACCCAAGGGUCUGCUCCCCGCUGAAUGUCUGCUCUGUGUACGGCAUGGAGGUACAUAUAAUGUGUUCUGUGCUUUAUAAAUAGAGCCCUUAACGAGAACGUGUUGGCUCAGACUGGGCUACCACGCAGGUAGGAUUCUGGUUGAUGCUUUGUACCCAGAGCCUGGCAGUGAUGCUGCGCUGUGUACCGCGGUUUCUCCCCUCUGCAUGCUUUAGUUCUCAUGUUUGCAAGACUGAGCGCGUGCCAGAGGGAGGCAAAGCUACCCGGACGUGCACCACAUGAGGGUGCUUCCCCUUCCCGGAUUUGCUGCUCUGCUUUCUUGAUGCCACUGCAGGAUGCCGGUGUGAGCUCGGGCGGAUGGAGCAGCUCUGGAGCCAUGGAGCGGGGCCGCGGGCUGAGCCAGGCGCACAGCGAUGGAUGUGGGAGGCUGCGGUCUGCCCCGUUAGCCGCGCCUCUCUGCAGACUGCUUUAUUUAUAGUGAGUGACACUGUUUUAAGUGUUUGUCUUCCAUUUGUUGUAUUUUAUUUUAAAAUGUGUCUGAGCUCUGCCUUCGCUGUAUGGGUUCGGUGCAUUCUUCCACCUCCGUGUGCCCAACUCCGAACCUCCCGCUGGUCCCACUCCGCUCCAUGGGAGCCCUCCACCUUCAGGCUGCGUGCACAGCCCCGCUCCUCCCCCUGCUCUGCUUUGUCCACCCAAACCCCAUCCUUCCCCGUGGCUUUGGCAGCGCUCCUUCCCUUCCCAGAACCAGCAGCGAGCUCUGCUGGGCUCCAGGCGCCUUGCAGCUCCCUGCUUUCCCCAAGCACCGAGUUUAACAACCCUGUGUGCGUCAGCCCCUUUCUCCCCAUCUUUGGGCUUUUAGAGAAAAAACAAAUGGACAAACCUCUCUGUGUUCCUCCGUGUACCUCUGAGCGCAUCACUGCUGCGUUCUGCCCCGCGCUGAGCUCCAGAUGCGUGCUUGUUGGCAUGUGGGUAAAUACACUCUAUUUUCUGAAGAAGAUGUAAUAUUUCUUUGGAAAUUGCACAUGUGUUGGAAUGAUGUAGUUGCUGCGUGUUGGUUUUUUGUUGUUGUUGUUGUUUUUGGUGGUUUGAUAAAUAUUAAAGUGAAUGCUGCUGCUCGA